ACGCAAAUUGUCCUUAGAAAGUGGACGCUCCGGUGCCGGCACUCGGUAGAUUUCAGCAUUUAUUCUAUCAGUCGAUAUGUAAUUAAUUAUCGACAUGCGCGUCUGACAGUAACUGCGCGUUCGGCCCCGCUUCCGAGUGUGGAGGAUUUAGUCUCCUCUCCUCUUUAUCUCUCGGCAUAGAUCCCGGGGUUAAUGUGCUGGUCAGUUUCAAUUUCACUAGACGAGGUCCAUGAUGGCAAUUUCAAAGCAAGAUCGUAUUAUUAUUGUAGGCGCAGGAGCUUUCGGCCUCUCAACUGCUCUACACCUUUCCCAGAAUGGCUACUCCGAUAUUACAGUAUUUGAACAGGAUGAUGAGAUACCUUCAAUGUAUUCGGCGGCAAAUGAUUUAAAUAAGAUCAUUCGGGCUGAGUACGAAGAUCCCUUCUACACGGAUUUGACUAUAGAAGCCACAGAAGCUUGGAAGACGCCCCUUUUCCGGCCAUACUACCACAGAGUGGGCUUCUUACAUUGCGUUUCCGAGAAAGCUGAGCCAAAAGCUGUGGACACCUUGAACAGGUUUCGAGCGUCUGCUGAGGCAGACCCUCGGUUAGCCAAACAUGUUGUCCCGCUUAACUCUCGAGAAGACAUCCAAGACGCAUCCUGGCAGUUGACUGGCUCGCUCCCUGGUUGGAAAGGUUACUUCAACCGUUACGAUGGCUACAUGCACUCCGCCGAUGCUCUUAGGGGGGUCCACAGAGCUACCCAGGCUCAAGGAGUCAAAUUCUUCCUCGGCAAAAUCUCCGGUGCUGUAGAAGCCGUAGUAUAUGAGCAGACUCCGAAUGGUAAAAAGAGUAAAGGAAUCAGGACGAAAGACGGCAAGUUCCAUGCGGCCGCGUUGGUCAUCAUUGCUGCUGGUGCUGCUGCCGCCAAAUUAAUACCUGAAGUCGGCCAAAGCGUCGUUGCCAAGUCUUGGUCUGUCGCUCACGUCCACCUGACCGACGAGGAGACAUCGGCGCUUCGCGGUAUUCCCGUCGUCUAUGCUCGGGACCUCGGGUUUUUCUUCGAGCCGGACCCGAAGACCAACCUUCUUAAGCUGUGCCCGAUGGGCGGAGGGUUUAUCAACACCGACAAAGACACGGGAGUCUCGCUACCUCCGGAAUCGAGGAGCGCUAGCUUGGAUUUCCUGCCCGAAGUGGACGAGGCUAAACUCCGGGAGCUUCUGCGCCAGACUCUACCUUGGCUCGCAGACAGACCUUUCGUUAGGAGAUCUCUCUGCUGGUUUGCCGACACUUCGGACUCUGACUUCAUCGUGGAUUACGUGCCGGACACAUCGGACUCCGUUGUCGUAUUUUCCGGUGAUUCGGGGCACGGUUUCAAGAUGUUCCCGAUUGUUGGAAAGUGGAUUGUAGAUCUCCUAGCAUCGUCGACCGGCCAGAGUAAUGCGAGAUGGCGAUGGAAGACUCCAAAGCCCAAGAGCGGAGGAGACUGGGGCGCUGAUGUGAGCUGGCGUAUCGGAAACACGACGGAGUUCCGCGAUAUAAAACGGGCGAGAGAUCAUAAAUUGUAAUCGUAAUCUUAGCGUGUCGUUGGAUAAUUCAUGCCGUAUCAGAUGGUCAUCAGCCUUAGAUCAUCAAUAUCAUAGUUCUAAUUCUCGCUUGCGAAUCCGAAACUGGGCAUGCAUGAUUGACGGGAUAAAGUCGACAAGCUAGGAAGACCUUGUGACGAGAGUCAGUACAUCAGACCGAUGAUACUGGAGGCGGUGUUGUGCUUCUCUACCAGAC